UUUUUGGUUUUAAUGCUUAGAGAAUUCUUUCAAAUGUAUUUGUUACGUAAGAAGUAUUUUAAAAGUGUCGAAAAUUAUAUGGAACUUUUGCUGAUUGCGUUAGUUGGUUCGAUUCUGUUGAAUUGUUUCAGCAUUAGCACCCAAAAAGCAAUUUCGUCUAUAUCACUGCUUUUAGCAGGCCUUGAGUUAAUUCUAAUGGUGGGUCAGCAUCCAAGUUUAUCUACAAACCUUGUAAUACUACGAACAGUGUCCUACAAUUUUUUCAAGUUUUUCCUUUGCUAUGUAUUACUGAUUCUUGCAUUUCCUCUUAGUUUUUAUCUGAUUUUCGCCGAAGAUCCCCAGGAACACUCUGCAAACAAUACAAGAGAAAACAAAACUGAUCCUUUUGAGAAUCCAGGAAUGUCGCUAUUUCAAACUAUCGUGAUGCUAACUGGAGAGCUUAACGCUGGUGAUAUAAAUUUUGAACCAUUCCCAAUCAUUGGCAGAUUAAUAUUUGUUAUAUUUAUAUUCACAAUUGUCAUUAUAUUGCUUAAUCUCCUUAAUGGUCUUGCUGUAAGCGAUACACAAAUGAUAAGAGAUGAUGCCGAAUUAGUAAGCUAUAUUGAACGGGUUCGGUAUAUUAGGUAUAUCGAAACGAUUUUUGAAGGUAAAAUACAAAUUUUCUGCCUAAACAUACUAUCCAGAAAAUCAAACAGUAUAGCUGAGAAAAACUGUUUAUUAACUGAUACUCAAAUUACUGUGCUUCCCAAUCAGAAUGGCCAAAUUACUGGAAUUAGCAACUUACGCUUAGAUCAUGAAACUAUUCAAAGGAUUAAGGAUAUAAUUAGGAAGAAAUUAAAACGGUAGAACAGCAAUCAUGAACAUAAUAGACAUUUUUACAGUAAGAAGUUUUCUGGAAAGUUUUGGAUCAAAAUAUUUUAUAGAAAACAAAACUUUUGCAAUUUUUAACAUCUACGUUAUAAAUCCCCAAAAUAACGCUAAUUUUUCGAAAUACUGAUCAUUGGUAGUGAAUGGCUAAUCUUGGUCUUACUUUAUGUUUUUGAUGGUGCUGAAAACGAAAAUCAAGUUUAUUUUAAAUUUUAGGUGGGAGAACAUUGUCAGAAUCGCAAUUUUUCCCUAAAAAUAAAAAAAAGUUAAACAACGUUUUUCUUAAAAUUAAAAGUUGCACCUAAUUUUUAUAUAGGUAACACAUCUAGACCUAUAACUCCCCAUAGAACUUCUUUAAACUCUGUGAUUUAACAUAAAUGUAAUCUUCUUCUUCUCGUUGUCCUUAUGCCCUGUAAGAGCGUCGGACUGCAUAAACGUAAUCAAAUAGAUAAAUUUUACAGUUUGUCACUUAAUUUUUGCGAUUUGACUCUGCAAUUCACGAAUCUGCACCUUUUAUUUUUUUUUUAAUUCAUAACUUUUAUGAAGAAAAGACUGACAGACUACAGUUACUUUCAUAGUUUUCACAAAGAUGAGAAAUAUAUGAUGUAGAAAUUUUAGAAAAAAAUAUUAAAAUGGAACACAGUUGUAGCGAGUUAAACGUAAAAAAUCGUGACUUCACUUUUUUUUUCAUUUUUAGGUUAAAAUUGCAAUUUUAACAACAUUCCCCCAUCUAAAAUUUAAAAUAAAUUUCAUUUUCGU